AUGGGCUGCGGACCUUCCCAGGCUGCGGAGGACCAGAGACCCGUGCCCGCGCCCAGGAAGGGCUGGGAAGAGGGAUUUAAGGCUGACAUCCCCGUGACUCAUUCUGGGGAGGGCUGCAGGCCCCAAGAUGAAGCUGCAUUUCCCAAGGAUUCAGGGAGCAGCCUCAACGGCCUGGAAAACCUGGGAAGCUUACCUGGAACCAUACCAGAAAGUUCCCCAUCACUUAGUGAAAGAAAUGGAAGAAUAAAUUCAGACCUAGUGACCAGUGGAUUAAUCCAUAAACCCCAACCCCUAGAAAGCCGAGAGCGACAAAAGUCAUCAGACAUUCUGGAGGAAUUAAUUGUUCAAGGAAUAAUACAAAGCCACAGCAAAGUAUAUAGAAAUGGAGAAUCCUAUGAUGUAAGCACGACGACGCCGCUGAGAAAGCCACCAGCCAGGCUGAAAAAGCUUAAGAUCAAAAAGGAAGCAAAGGCUUUCACGAUGAAUGAUCUGGAAGAGAAGAUGCGGGCGGUGGAGAGCCGCAGGAAGACUAAAGAAGAAGACAUACGAAAAAGGCUAAGGAGCGACCGACUUUUGUCCCCAGCCAAUCAUUCGGAUGCAGCCCAGCAGGGUAGGGCUGAUGUUCCCUUUGGCCAAGGACUGGAUGCUGUGGGUUCGGUGGUGGUUGAGCCUCCCCAACCGCAGGGGGGAAGGCCCUUGAAGAGGAAGAAGAGCAAUACAUCCUCAAGUGAAAGAAACUUUGGUUAUGAAGGGUUUGGGGUGGUGGAGUCAGACUUGUCCUACAACCAAGUGGAUGAUGUGUUUGAAUAG